UUACUCACAAAGGAUCCCAGAAACCGUCUCGGUUGCUGCCUGGGUGGCGCGAAACUUGUCAAGUCUCAUGCGUUCUUUGCCAAUAUCAACUGGAAGCGCCUGGAAGCUGGUAUGGAAGAGCCACCAUUUACGCCCGAUUCAAGGCUCUUCAUGUAUGCAUCUCCUGUGCCCAUAGGGAACGAAGAACUACAGACCCAAAGGACUGUCGAUAACAUGCACAUAUUUGAGCUCCUCACUUCUUUCUAUCCGUGUAGUUUUUUUUAUUUUCGUCGCAAGAACGGUAGAGGUUUUUUGAUGUCAUGGUGCAGGGAACUAGUCGUUGAGCAUGGCAGCUUGAAUCUCCUCUAA